AUUGUUGAGACAGGUAGAUGUGUCUGGUAAAAAUGUGUGUGUGUGUGUGUGUGUGUGUGUGUGUGUGUGUGUGUGUGCAUGACCUUUUCUCUUUUACUGGCUCACAAAGAGUUAACAAACUCCAAGCUUCUCACCUGGCCAAUGAGGGGCCCUAGAGUCAGAUUCCCUGCUGAUAGCAGCAGGAGUUUAUUGUCAGGAAUCAACAGCUUUUGGUCACUAAACCACAGAGUUAAGGACAGAAGAAUUGACAAAAGUGAGCAGCUUUUGCCAUGAAAUAGCAAAGGGUUAAGGACUGAAGAAUUGCCAAAGACAAAGUGGCUUUGGUCCCACAGCUGACUCCAUACCUCUUCAAUGCCUUCCUCAGGAAAAUGGAUACUGGCAACCUUACUUCAAAAAAGGAAACAGAACAAACACUGAGGUGUGGCUCAGUGGUAGAGUGUUUGCCUUGUGUACACAGGUCCUGCAUUCAAUAUCUAGCACUGUGACAAGGGAAAAAGGGGAGAAAAAGGCUCUAAUGUGACACCACACUGACAACAGAAAGAUGCACAACUGAGAGCCUAAGGAGGCAAGGGGCAAAUGCCUUCAUGUACAUUCUUUGCACAAAGUCGUCCACUGCAACAUAACCAGAAGCAUCCUACUGCUCCAAUCAGCUUCUCAGCAUUCUCUGAGAAGAGCUCAGAGGCAGACGACUACGUGGGAUAAAGACAAUGACAAGGUUCCACAUGGAAAGGGAUCUGGCACCCUUCUUCUGCACAUGCGAUAUGUACAGAAGAGCAUCUCUCUAGGCAUUGGUGUUUUUACAAAGAAACUGGGAGAGUUGUGGAACAAACCACUGUGAUGACAAGCAGCCUUUUGAAAAACAGGAUGCUGAGCUCAAACAAUAAGAGGCAUAUUGCUGCCUAAUGAGCUUAGGUAAAAGCAGGGGAGAUGGUCUGGAGCAGGUUGGAGAGAUGGCUCAGUGGGUGUGGCGACUUGAAUAUGCAUGGCCCGGGGAGUGGCACUAUUAGGAGAUGUGGCCUUGUUGGAGAACAUGCCACUGUAGGGUGGGCUUUGAGACCUUCCUCUUAGCUGCUUAUGGUAAGCCCGUAAGCCAGUCUUUUUUUUGGUCUGCCUUUGGAUCAAGAGGUAGAACUUUCAGCUCCUUCAGCCCCACACCUGCCUGGAUGCUGCCACGCUCCUGUCUCAAUGAUAAUGGACUGAACCUCUGAACCUGUGAGCCAGCCCCGAUUAAACAUUGUCCUUUAGAACUGGAGAGAUGGCUAAGGGGUUAAGAGCACUGACUGCUCUUCCAGAGGUCCUGAGUUCAAUCCCCAGCAACCACAUGGUGGUUCACAACCAUCUAUAGUAAGAUCUGAUGCCCUCUUCUGGUGUAUCUGAAGACAGCUACAGUGUACUCAUAUACAUAAAAUAAAUAAACCUUUAAAAAAAACCAAAAAAAACAUUGUCCUUUAUAAGUGUUUCUUUGGGACUGGAGAAAAUGGCUCGGCGGUUAAGAGCACUGGCUGCUCUUCCAGAGGUCCUGAGUUCAAUUCCCAGCAACUACGUAGUGGCUCACAGCCAUUUGUAAUGAGAUCUGAUGCCCUCUUCUGGUGUGUCUGAAGACAGCAACAGUGUACUCAUAGACAUAAAAUAAAUAUUAAAAAAAAAAAAAGUGUUUCUUUGGUCAUGGUGUCUCUUCACAACAAUGGAAACCCUAACUAAGACAGAGGUUGGUACCAGGGACUGGGAUAUUGCUGUGAUAGGUAGGUCUGACCAUGCUUUUAUUUGGAAGAAUAUAGAUUUGGAGACUUUAGAUUUGGAAUUCAGUGAAAUGCUUUAAGUGGGGCUUAAAGGGCUAUCAUCGUAGGAAUAUAGAAGACUUUGUUGCUGAAGGUGGUUUGAACUGUGGAAGCCUGGCUCUAGAAGUUUCAGAGAAGAAUUUUAGUAUGUGGCUGAGAGACCGUUCUUGUAAUAUUUUGAUGAAGAAUGUGGCUGCUUUUUGCCAUUGUCCAGAGAGUCUACCUGAGGCUAAGGUGAAGAGAUUUAGAUUAAUUGCUUUGACAAAAGUCUCAAACAAGCCUGGCAUAAAUUCUGUUGUGUGGUUAAAUUUCACCUUUUUUUUUUAAAAAUUAUUUUUAUUUUAUGUAUGUUGAUUUAUUUUUAUUUUAUGUAUGUUGAGUACUGUUGCUGUCUUCUUCAGACACACCAAAAGAGGGCAUCAGAUCCUAUUACAGAUGGUUAUGAGCUACCAUGUGGUUGCUAGGAAUUGAAUUCAGGACCUCUGGAAGAGCAGUCAGUGCUAUUAACCACUGAACCAUCUCUCUAACCCCAAAUUUCACUCUUAUGAAGAAUCUUUUGAUGAAAAGGAAGAAGCUACGAAAGGAAAAGUAAAAAUGUAUGGUUCAAAGAAUAAAGGGGCAUCAAGAAGUAGAAUGUUGCUGAAUCCUAUGUCCAAGAAGAAAAAGAGCAGAGUAGCUUUGGAAGAUCCCACCCAGCUAAGCUUAUUGCUUAUGCAUUUGCUGCUGAACAAGGAAGAGUUAUAUCUAGGCAUUAUUACAUGGCUAUUGCUUUCAUUUGGACUUUUAAUCUGGAGUGAACGACAAUCCGGAAAUGAAAUACACAAGCUUCUGAUCCAGACCUCGAGGAAUAGUGGCCAUGAAAAGCUUAGGUCCAGGCAUGGUGGCACAAGGAUUUAACCUUAUGGAAGCAUUUUCUCAAUUGUGUUUUCAAGUUGAUUACAAAAAAAAAAAAAAAAAAAAAAAAAAAUUCCAGCACUUCAGUCUGCUAGUUGGGGCCAAAGUCUAGGUCUUUCCAAAGAUUAGCUAGCAAUUUUGUUCGGAGCUGGCUUUUGAGGCUUCUGCCCACCGCCAUGGACGAGCCAUCACAGAAAGUUGACCCAGUUGUGUAUCCAGAAACUCAGAUGAUAGAUCUCAGAGGAAAGGUGGAGAGGACUCACCCCAAUGAUUCAGAAACCCUACAACCAGAAACACUAGUAAAGGUCAUGAAAAAGCUAACCCUGAACCCCAGUGCCAAGUGGCCAAAAUAUCAUCGUCAUCACAGCCUUCGUCACCGGGUUCAGAACCAGCCUGUGGAGAACAGAAGUGAAAGAAUCAUGAGGGAAGUUCAAAGCGCCUUUCCCAAGAGAAGGGUCCACACAUUGUUGUCGUCGGUGCUGAAAGAACCUGUAGCAAGGAUGAGAAGAUUUGUUCGGAUUGAGCAGAGACAAAGACAGCUUGAAGGAAAUGAGAACAGAGAUGAGCCAUUUAGAUGUCUCUGCACUUUCUGCCAUUAUCAGAGAUGGGAUCCGUCUGAGAAUGCUAAAAUCGGGCAGAACCAGAAGAAUUAGGGCAGUUCGAAUUGUACGCCGUCCUUGCCGUUAAAGGUGCCACACAGCAGAUGUGAAAGCUGUUUUCUGUUAAGAUUAAACUUUUCUUGGUGCUAGGGACAUCUCUUCUACUUGUUAACCUUUAAAUUAUAUAGGAUGUGUGACAUUUGGAUUCAUGCGAAUGACAAAUUUACCCAAGAAUUGAGCAUGAGUCAAAGCCUGGUAGUUUGAUUUAGAAGGUAAUUGGAAUAGAUCUUUCAGAUUUUCUAGUUUGCAGAGAAAUUUGUAAUAAAGGCAAAUUUGUUAUCUUUAAUAAAUACAAGAACAGAUUAGAACGAGACAUUGGAGAUGGGGGAUUUGUUUUUACAGGUGCAUGUGUGGGUAUGUGCACACUCGUGAUGUUCAGAGUUCGUGUGUGCUACCAACCCUGUUUAUUUCUGCUUGAGACAAGGUCUCCAUGAGGCCUCGCUGGUCUUUUAACUCCUGGUCCUGCCUCUCGUUUCCGAGUUUUGACACCAUAGGCUUGUCAGCAAGAUCUGGAAAAGGCUUGAUUUUUGUGUUUGUUCAUGCUGUGUAAUAAACAAUUGGUUGAUAUAUUCCUAAAAAAAAAUAAAAAAAUAAAAAAAUUCCAAAACCCCUUGUCAAUCUGACACACAAGUGGCAUCAGUAUUCAGCUUUAGUCUUUAUUUUCUUGCCCACUCACAAAGAUUUCAUAUUAAUGUCAGCACCUCAAUAUAAAAUACAUCGCAAACUAAAACUACAAUCUUUUUUUUUCUAAGAUAGGCUUCACUGUGUAGCCUUGAUUGUCCUGGAAAUCAUGCUAUAGAUCAGGCUGGUCUCAAACUCAGAGAUCUGCCUGCUUCUGCCUCCUGGGUGCUAGGAUUAAAGGCCUAUACCACCACCCAGCUCCCACAGUCUUUUUAAAAAAAUUAUAAUUUUGGGGGGGGGGGGCGAGACAGGGUCAUGUGUCCCUACACCCUGAUGUAUCCUGGUCUUUAAAAAUUCAAACACUUUAAAAGGUCAGUCUUCUUAAAAGUUCAAAAUUUUCUCUAAAAUAUCCAAUGUCUUAAUACUCCAAAGUCUCUUAACUUCAGACCACCCUCCCCAACCUUCCCCUCCUCUCUUUAAAAAACAUUUUAUUUCAAGAGAAUUAUCUGGGACUCACAAUGACCCAGGCAGCUUGGCCUGUCCUAAAGAAAUGCAGGACAAAUGACUAAAAUGCCUAUUAGCAUGUCAAAAUGUAUCCUUGGCCUCUAGGUUCACUGAGUGCCUUUGGCUCCUCAGCACUUCUCAUCCUGCCCCAGCCACUUCUCAUCCUGCCCCCUACUUUAAAUCUCUCCAGCUCAGGGGCUCCCCCUUCUCUUUCCCAAGCAUCUGUUUUCUCUAUAACCCUGAUAAUUUGGUCACAGGCUCUUUUGGUCCUCUUAGCCCUCUCUCCUCUCAUGACCCAGUUCAAUCUGGACCCUUCCAGAUGCCUCUCUGGCUGUCCUCUUCCUCAGAUCUGCAAUGAAACCCUUCUCUCCAAUCAUAUCUUGGAACAGCUGUGUCCUCAUUUUCCCUUACAGCUCUGUUUCUCCAGUCCUGCCAAACAGAUCAUGGAGCUUGUCCUACAAAGUCAGGCCAGCCUCCUGUCUUAGGCAAUUAUCCAUGAUCCUGGCACCUCCAAAUAUGCUGGUGUCUCUGUGGUAACUGGGCUGUACCUCUGCCCCGCCACAUGGUGCGGAGCCUCGGCUGCUCUCCAUGAUCCUUCAACCCUAAAGCUCUCAUGCCACCAAAGCCUGUAACAUGAGGGAGAUUCUUUUUUUUUUUUUUUUUGGUUCUUUUUUUUCGGAGCUGGGGACCGAACCCAGGGCCUUGUGCUUCCUAGGCAAGCGCUCUACCACUGAGCUAAAUCCCCAACCCCAUGAGGGAGAUUCUUACAUGUGAUCAAAUUUGGCUGCCAGUUUGAGAUGCAGCCUUGGCUCUCUCUGGAUCAGUUUCUGAUGCCAGUCUCUUAUUAGUCACUGCUCAUCUGUCAACCCUUAGCUAACCAGCACUGAUUGUACCAGUAAAGCAAAAGUUUUACUUUAGUGGUCUUAUUAAUCACAGCUGAAUCUUCAGCUCCAGCUGACCAGACACCAUAGAUUCUUAACUCAAAUGUAUUGCACACACUGUCCUGAACAUCUUUGAGGUGCUCUCAAACUUUACAAGUAUCAUCCGCAUUUCUCCAGCACCUUUCCAAGCUCCACAGAACAGCCCAUUAAGCUCUAAGUACCCAAUGGCUUCUCCUGUUCCAAGUUCCAAGUUCCAAAGUCUUCCCACAAUCCUCCCCAAGAGAACAUGGUUAGGGUCUGUUACAGCAAUAUUCUACUUCUAAUACCAAUCUAUCUUAGUUAGAGUUUCUAUUGCUGUGAUAAAAAUACACUCAUCAAAAGCAACUUAGGGGGCCGGAGAAAAUACAGAGGCAUUUUCUCAAUUAAGUUUCACUCUCAGAUGACUGUAGCAUGUGUCAAGUCAACAAAAACAAAAAACAAAACAAAACAACAACCACCAAAAAACCCCAUGUACUCAAACGGCAUCUCCAUCACUUCAUGGCAGUCAGGUUCUGGGUCAGGUUUUGCUCUCCCUAACUCAUGCCCUAGGGGCUGCCUUACCGGCACCCCUGCCACAAGGGCCAUCGAGAUGGCAUGGCAGCACCAGGGUAAAACAUCUAGACCAAAAAUUGAUGUUGGGGCUGGGAAGAUGGCUCAGCAGUUAAGAGCACUGGCUGGGGGUUGGGGAUUUAGCUCAGUGGUAGAGCGCUUGCCUAGCAAGCACAAGGCCCUGGGUUCGGUCCCCAGCUCCGAAAAAUAGAAAGAAAAAAAAAAAAAAAAGAAAAGAGCACUGGCUGUUCUUGCAGGGAACCCUAAGUCAAUCCUCAGCACCCACAUGGCGAUCCCAUGACCUCUCUCUGACCUCCUUGAGCACCAUGCACACAUAUGAUGAACAUACCUGCAGACAAGACAGCCAUGCACAUAACAUAAAUAAAAGUAAAAUAGGGGUUGGGGAUUUGGCUCAGUGGUAGAGCGCUUGCCUAGGAAGCGCAAGGCCCUGGGUUUGGUCCCCAGCUCCGAAAAAAAGAACAAAAAAAAAAAAAAAUAAUAAUAAAAUAAAAUAAAAUAAAUAAAUAAAAGUAAAAUAAAAUUAAUCUUCAUAUCCACAGCUGAUUUUCAACAAAGAAUGCAAUGCUAACUCAACGAGGAGAAAAUAAGUGAUGCUAGGGACUGUAAAAUUAACUUUUAUUCUCCUGAUGUAACUGCUGACUCCAAGGCUUACUGCCUCCAACUGCUAAGCUUCCAGCCUUCGUAUUCUCUAAUCUAGGCCUACACUGUUCUGAGACUUACUGCUGAAUAAGCUCACCCUUCCUAGUUCUUUCCAAACUCUGGCUGGCUGCUUCAACUCAGCUGUUCUGGCUCAAACUCCUCUCCAAGCUGACUGAUUCAAUCUGGCUUCUCUCAAAUUUCUCACUGAAUUGCUUUGCUUGACCUCAAACUAACUCUAGUAAUCUUUUCUAAUCUUCUGGCUCUACCUCUAUAAAACUCUCCCAGGAAUAAUGCCUACCUCCCCCGGCCCCCCCGCCAUGCUCUGCUGUCUUAAGUAGCUUCCCUUUUCAUUUUCUUCUCAUGAGAGUUGGGUAUAUCCUAUCUUUUUUUUUUUUUUUUUUUUUUUUGGUUCUUUUUUUCGGAGCUGGGGACUGAACCCAGGGCCUUGAGCUUCCUAGGCAAGCGCUCUACCACUGAGCUAAAUCCCCAACCCCCGGGUAUAUCCUAUCUUUGACUCAUUCUCUGAUCCAUCACUUUUUCUGCUGCUCAAUUAAGACAUCACUUUCAAACAUGGGUGCUUCCUUCUACAAACUAACUUUACUUUCAUUGUUUGGGAUUAAAAGUGUGUACUAAAGGCAAGUCUGUUUUCCACCUAAUGUGCUAAGGGCUGAGCCACACAAACGGAAACAGAUUUUUUGAGUAAAAACAGGAUCUUGGGGUUCACAGUAUGAUCAAAUAUCUGGCAACAAGGGACUGAAAAUCUAAAUACAGAAGAAUGGAUUUAGAUUGCUAUCUGAAUAAAACUGACCAAAAAAAAGAUAGAAAAAUAAAAUUUCUGAAAUAUAUACAGCUUUCCAUCACUGUGGAAAAACUACUCAAUAUAAUUAACUUAAAAGGCAGAAAAGUUUAUUUUGAUCCAACUUCAGAAUUUCAGUCCCUGACUGUGUUGCUCUGUGCUUGUGAUACACAAUAUAUCAUGGUGGGGGACAUAUGACACAGGAGGUCUGCUCACUCCAUGUCAUUCAGGAAACAGAUAAGGUAGACCGAACUGAGGUCCAAAUACUCUUUUCUUUUUUCUUUAAAGAUGUAUUUAUUUAUUAUAUUUAUAUGAAUACACUGUAGCUGUCUUCAGACACACCAGAAGAGGGCAUCAGAUCCCAUUACAGAUGGUUGUGAGCCACCAUGUGGUUGCUGGGAAUUGAACUCAGGACCUCUGGAAGAGCAGUCAGUGCUCUUAACUGCUGAGCAUCUCUCCAGCCCCCCAAAUACUCUUUUCAACUGUGCCUUGGUUCUUUCUUCCUGAAUGAACUAAUUUACUUCACUAGCCCUGUUCUAUACAGUCUGGAGAUGACUUUUGUCAACCAUACUUUCAGGUUUAAAUGAAGUUUACUUAUGAAGUAUGUAGCAAGAAAAAAUAAAAGAAUAAAUAGCAGGUAGAAGCAGCAGACAGCAAAACGUCAUCAAAUGUAUUCAUUCUCAAAACACCAAGAAGACACAUUUCCAGACAAGGGAACUUAGAGGACAAUAAGACAAACAUGCUUGAGUCUGAAAUGGAGGGUCCCCAAUUCUAGAGCCAGCCUCUCAGUAAACUUGAACAGUUCAUGACAACUGACCGAUAUAACGCACAUUAUAGGCCCUACUUCCUAAUGGCUCCACCCCCUCCCGAAACACUGAAAACCAGAUAUGGACUUUUAUGGAAACAUUCAAGAGCCAAACUAAGUAUAGAACAUAAACUUGCAAUCUCAGUACAUAAAGGAUCAAGCAAGAUGACUGCGAGUUCAGGGCUCUAAUAAAACCUUGUCAUUAAAAAAAAAAAAAAAACCUUGUCAUUAAGUAAAUAAAAAUCAAUCAAUCUAGCUAGCUUGGAAUACCUUCAAUCUCAGCACUAGGGAGGUUAGCCAAGUUACUUUGUAGAAGCACCCAUGUUUAAAAGUAAUGUCUAACUGCGGAGCAGUGAGACCCUGCUCAAACAACAAAACAGAAAAAAAAAAAAUCUAAUCUAUGGUUAUAUAAAUGGCCAACAAACAAGAACAUUCUCUCCUUUAAAAAAAAAAAAGUCAUCCAAAAAAAAAAAAAAAAAGCAAAUUAAGAAAAAGAAUCACAAGGAGAGCCCAGUGCAACAGUAUGUCUGUCUAUGAUCCCAGCUACUUAGGAGGCUAAGGUGGGAAGAUCUGGAAUUUGAGGAUAGCCUCAAUUCACAGAGAGAUCCUGUCUCAAAAAAAAAAAAAAAAAAAAAAAAAAAGGCUGGGGUAUUUAGUUUACUAAGUUCUGCUUCUCCAAAUAAACCUCUGCUUAAA